CAGGCUGGCAUUACCAGUAGCAGUGUAUCCUCGAUAGUAAACACUUGUUCGGCAUUCCCUCGGGAAACGACGAGGGAAUUGAUAACUGUAGGAUAAUCAAUAUCACAACCGAUUAAAUUACUCGCUGCGUCAACAGUAAAAUCAAAAGUAUUUUGCAGCAUUCAAUUCCACACGUGUAUGAAAAGGAUACGGAAUAAUUCGAUAAAUACGAACACCCUUUAUGCGAUACGUGGCGUCUACAGGAACACAACGCACACGUAUCACAAAAGGAGUAGCCAAUCAGGAGGCGACAGCACUGCGCGGGGUAUUAUACAGCGCUGACUAACUUCUUGUAAAAGCCACGUCUUAGACGUACAGUGUCUACCGAAGAAAGAGCCGAAACCGAAUUCCGUUUAACGAGCCGCACCGUGAUCCACGAUGCUGCCUAAAUACCUUAGCUUUCUUUUCCUGGUUCUAGUCUCCGUUUUGGCCGAAGAAAAGGAUGUGCUGGAGCUGACCGACGAAAAUUUCAGCCAUGAAUUAGAGCAGCAUGAAAACACGCUUGUUAUGUUUUACGCGCCAUGGUGUGGUCACUGCAAACGGUUAAAACCAGAGUAUGCCAAAGCAGCUGAGAUGUUGUUGGGUAGUGAUCCUCCGAUCACUCUGGCCAAGGUAGAUUGUACCGAAAAUGGAAAGGAAACAUGUAACAAGCAUUCGGUCAAUGGUUAUCCGACAUUGAAGAUCUUCUCUAAGAAAGACUUUGUCAGUGAUUAUAAUGGACCUAGAGAAGCUGCUGGUAUUGUCAAGACUAUAAAGGCACUGGUUGGUCCAGCAUCUAAGGAAUUGACUUCUGAGAACUGUUUGAAAUCAUUCUUGGAAUCCGAUGAAGUGAGUGUCGUUGGUUUCUUUGAGAAAGACGAUUCACCUCUGGCCACAUCUUUCCAUGCAGUAGCUAAGAAACUUAAAGAAAAAGUCAGAUUCGCCCACACAACUGCAAAGUCACUUCUGGAGAAGGAAGGACACAAAAACACCAUUGUCUUGUACCGACCAAAAGUACUGCAAAACAAGUUCGAACCGAACACUGUGAAAUAUGAAGGAGACAACUCCAUUGCUGAUGUUCAAGAAUUCAUUAACAAGCACUACUUUGGCAUUGUCGGAGUUCGUACGCAAGAUAACGCUAGAGACUUCAAGAAUCCGUUGGUCGUUGCUUAUUACGCAGUUGACUACGUGAAGAAUCCAAAGGGCACUCAUUACUGGCGCAACAGGAUCCUCAAGGUCGCCAAGGAAUUCCCUAAACUGAACUUCGCCAUUUCGUCCAAGGACGACUUCCAACACGAAUUGAACGAUUUUGGAAUUGACUUUGUGAAAGGCGACGCACCAGUGGUUCUGGCCAGAAACGCAAACAAUCAAAAGUUCAUUAUGAAAGACGAGUUCUCUGUUGAUUCGUUCAAAGCGUUCUUGAAGGACCUCGAAGCGGACGCUUUGGAGCCGUAUCUGAAGUCGGAAGCAGUUCCCGAAGAUAACAGCGCGAACGUCAAGGUCGCAGUAGCUCGAAACUUCGAUGACCUCGUUACAAACAGCGGUAAAGACACGUUGAUCGAGUUCUACGCUCCUUGGUGCGGCCAUUGCAAGAACUUGGCGCCAGUCUACGAUGAAUUGGGCGAGAAGCUAGCAAAUGAAAAUGUUGACAUCGUGAAGUUCGACGCCACUGCCAAUGACGUUCCGCCGCCGUACGAAGUUAGAGGCUUCCCAACACUUUACUGGGCACCUAAGGAUGCCAAAGACAAGCCUGUUAAGUACGAAGGUGAAAGGAAACUCGAAGAUUUUAUCAAGUAUAUCGCUAAGCACGCAACCGACGAGCUUAAAGGAUUUGAUCGCAAAGGCAAACCUACCAAGCCUAAGAACGAGGAAUUGUAAAUUUGUUCUCAUGACAAAUACGUGAUAUAAUUGCCGCAUGUAUACACAUAUAUAUAUAUAUAUAUAUACAUACGUAUAUAUGUAUAUAAAGCUUCUUAUGUACAUAUACACGUGUAUUAUAUGUAUAUGUAUACGUAGAUCUCUCGACAUCCAACACCUGAGACAAGAAUAAUUUUCUGUGUGCGAUUUACGAGUGUGACGAGAGGAGUGAGAUUCAAUUAAAACCGUAAAGGCUAACAAUUUUUCUAGUUGUGGUAAUAGGUCUGGAUGAAAGGGAAAUACUUCCUCCUUCCCCCUGAACAAUGCGUGUUGCACUCCAUUCUAUGGAGUAUUUGAAUGCGAGGUGAAAUGUCAUUAGCAUAGGGUUCGUCUACAUGUAUUAUGCAACUUUAUAAUAUUGUAUAUCGCGUAAAAGUAUACAGAACUGAUUUAGGAUUAUCAUUGCAAUGUUUUCCAGGUUUUGAUAAGUUACGUCUAAGAAUCGAUUCAUUCCAUUUCCCGCAUUUGACUAUUGUAGACUCGAAGUAAAUACGAAUAAUUUUGUUUAUACGAAAAGGAAAAAGAAUAAAAUGUUUUAUAUGAAACUUUUGAUACAUUGCAAACUAAUGAUAUUCCUCGUCGAGAAUGACAAUGUACUUCCAGAACUCGUUGAAUUACGCAAUCUUUCAGGAAAUACUCUUUGAAAACAGAAACGAAUUUUGUUCAAUAAAAUUUGUAAGUGACAGUUUACAAUACAUUUGAUAUAUAUAUAUAUUCCGUGUAUCCAUGCACCUAAAACGGAUUCGUCUAACGCUUCAGGACAACAAUAAGACACGAAUAAGAUUACAAUAGUUUGCGCAUCGCUCUAUUUUCCGUUUCGUCUCGCGCGAUCUCGAUUGAAUUUAGUAAAUAGCAAUUUACAAAUCUCGACAAGUAACUUUUAUUGUUAAUUACAGUUUAUUAUUAUAGCAAUCGUGUAGUAAAUAUCCUCUUACAUAUAAAAGCUAAUUAAUCAUAGAACGAUCUGGUAGAGCUCUACAAAAUUCACACUCGAAUUCGAUAUUCUUGAUGAUUAUAAAAAAACUUAACAUUCACAUCUCGGUACCACUGAAGAAAAUAUCGUGUGUAAAUUGUUGGAUCCUCGCCCUUGGAAGUAUGCGAUAGGUUUUUUCUUUUCCAGCUUAAGUUAAUCGCACGACGGACUACAACAAACGUCGCUGCCAUAAGACUAAUACAGGACUGUGGAGACUUCGAAGACAACGUUCCCUCCCUUUUCUCUUGUUCUCUUUGAACGCGUAUAAUAUCUUGCCGUUUCCAACGUUCAUU